AUGCCUUUCUGCGAGAUUUGCAUGGUAGCUAAACUAAGUUUUGAGAUGGAAAAGAGUACUACCAAUUGCACGCACACUUACUGCUGGAGAUGCAUCGAAAAAUACAUUUCAUCAAAGGUAAAGGAGAACAUCACCUUGAUAACCUGCCCAGAUUUCAACUGCAAAGAGAAAUUAGAACUCUACUUCAUAAAUACCAUAUCCCGUAAGGUGUUCGAUCUUUGGGAGAGUGCCUUGCGUGAAUCUUUAACUCUUCAAGUUGAGCAUAGAGGAGGGGUUGAAGAUGCUAUUGAUUCAACUUGCCGAGAAGAACAAGUGGAGAAAAUGUCAGGCGCAAAUUACGUGGAAAGAUAG